AUGAAGAACCAUACAAAGCAGAUAGAAUUUAUUCUACUCGGACUGACAGAUAAUUCUCAGUUACAGAUUAUCGUUUUCUUAUUUCUAUUUCUCAAUUAUACGCUGAGUAUGAUAGGGAAUUUAACUAUUAUUGUUCUCACUCUGCUGGAUUCUCAUCUCAAGACACCAAUGUAUUUCUUCCUUCGUAAUUUAUCUUUUCUAGAAAUUUCAUUCACAACUGCUUGUAUUCCCAGAUUUCUAAUCUCUAUUGUAACCAGGGAAAAAAGUAUUUCCUAUGAUGGUUGUAUAGCUCAGUUGUUUUUUUACAUCUUUUUGGGGGUGACAGAAUUUUUCCUUCUAGCUGCUAUGUCCUAUGACCGCUAUGUUGCCAUCUGCAAACCCUUGCAUUAUAUAUCCAUCAUGAGCAACAAAGUUUGUAACCGGCUUUUAUUUAGCUCUUGGGUAACUGCUUUCCUGUUUGUUUUCCCUCCAUUGAUUUUGGGUCUUAACUUGGAUUUCUGUGCUUCAAAUAUCAUUGAUCAUUUCAUUUGUGAUAUCUCUCCUGUCCUACAACUUUCUUGCACAGAUACAUAUUUACUAGAGUUGAUUGCUUUUUUAUUAGCUUUAAUGACACUGAUUGUCACAUUGUUAUUAGUAAUCAUUUCUUACUCUUACAUCAUCAAGACAAUUCUAAAAUUCCCUUCAGCUCAGCAAAAGAAAAAAGCCUUUUCUACCUGUUCUUCUCACAUGAUUGUUGUCUCCAUCACUUAUGGCAGUUGUAUCUUCAUCUAUAUUAAGCCAUCAGCAAAUGAAAGAGUAACUUUAAGCAAAGGAGUAGCUCUGCUCAAUACUUCAGUUGCCCCUUUGUUAAACCCAUUCAUUUAUACCCUGAGGAACCAGCAAGUAAAACAAGCCUUCAAGACUGUAUUUAAAAAGAUAUUUUAUGCUUCAGACAAAUAA